GCCCUUUGAUGUGAUACCCCAAAUUUUUUUUUUUUUAAUUUUAAAUUUCCUCCACUUCUACUCUAUUGUCUUCUCUUCCAUCUUCUCACUCCACACCACACUAAAAAAAAAAACUUCCCUUUCAUAAUAAAGAAAUACACUAAAUGAUUUAAUCUUUAUAGAAGAUAUGUCCAACAAAGGAAAAGACAUAGUAGAAGGAUCAUCAAGAUCUUCCACUUCAACAAUAGGUGAUGCCACCGGCGGUGGCGAUCAUCAACGACAACAACAGCAGCAACAACAACAACAGAUACCACUUAGCCGAUACGAAUCUCAAAAGAGAAGAGAUUGGAACACUUUUGGACAAUACUUAAGGAAUCAAAGGCCACCAGUUGCACUCUCACAGUGUAACUCAAACCAUGUUCUUGAGUUUCUAAGGUACUUAGACCAAUUUGGAAAAACCAAAGUGCACUUACAAGGUUGUCUCUUUUUUGGUCAAGUUGAACCACCUGGUCCUUGUACUUGUCCUCUAAAACAAGCUUGGGGAAGCCUUGAUGCACUUAUUGGAAGAUUAAGAGCUGCUUAUGAAGAAAAUGGAGGAUUACCUGAGACUAAUCCUUUUGCUAGUGGUUCCAUUAGAAUCUAUCUUCGUGAAGUGAGAGACUCUCAAGCUAAAGCAAGAGGAAUUCCUUACAAGAAGAAAAAGAAGAAGAGAAUUGCAAUCAAACAUAAUGGGGAUACCUCAAACUUACCUAUGUAGUCAAGUUUAUAUUUUCCCCUCUUCUUGGAUUCUUCAUCAACAUGCCUUGGAUGUGCUACUUGAUGCUAGCUAAAGUCAUGGAAAUUCUGGUUGUUUGUUAUCAAUUGUCCAUCAUAUAUAUUCUUGGGUACGUAAGUUAAGUUUUAACCCUUCCAUAUGGUCUUUAUGACUCAAGGGGUGUAUUUUGUUAUUUGAAUGAGUAUUUUAGAAUGAAGUUUGAGGAAGAAUUUUGAGUUUGCAAUAUUGAGUAAGUCCCUGUACUGUAUUCAUCAUUAUUAUAUGAAAAUUAAAUGCUUAAUAUGGUAUGAAGCAUGCAUAUA